ACUCUCUCUCCCGCUCGCCCUGAAGGCCAGAUUUUCUCCCCUUUUCGGUAUUCCCAUUUUGUCUCUCUCCUCUCAGAAACCCUAAAACUGCAGUAGAAGAAGAAGACCCACCAUUGAAAUCGGGGCGCAGCUGCUUUUUUUUGUGUGUCAGAGGACGUGGCUUUCUCGGGAUUCUGGAGAAAUUUUCCGUUACUUUCUCGGGAAAGAGUUGCUGCUUCUGUUGGGUUAUUGUGGGAGCCAACGGUGGGAACUAAUGGGUGAACAGAUCUUAAUGGCUAUAAAUGGUAGUUUAGAUUCUCAUGACGACGUGUCAGUGCAUAUCAACGGCUUUGUUAAGGAGAACGAGAAUUUAAACGUCGAUUUUCUCGAUGAUUUAGACUCAUACUGGGACGAUAUAAACGAUCGGUUGGUCAUUUCGAGAAUGGUGAGCGACUCAUUUAUCAGGGGAGUGGUAAAUGCAGUUGAAUCGGAGGCUGCUGAGAAGAUAGCUCAGAAAGAGCUGGAAGUGUCUAGACUGAGGGAUGCUUUACUUCUGUACCAUGUGGGUGAUGAGGAAAAUGGAACCUCACAGUCGCAUUUCAUACACGAAUCUUGUUCAGACAAUCCUGGUUUAUUCAUUGAGCAUGGACAGGAUCAAGAAGUAUCUUUAGACAAUCUUAAAACUGCAGCCAAAAACCAGUUGGAGUUGCUCUUCAAAGCACUCAACAAUAUUAGACGGUGUAAUAGCGUGAAUGGUACAGACACUGAUGUGGAAAUCUUGGGUUUAGGCAGCAGUCCUCGUGAAAGUGGGCCUGAGAAAUGGAAUGGAGUGGAUAAAAUGCUCAAUUCACUGAAGGGUGUUCUAGGUGCUGCAGUUGAGCAAGUGAAUGUGGAACCAUUUUCAUUAUGGCAGCGGGACAAUGAUUGUCUAGAAGAAAUCCAAUGCAUAGUGGUUGCUAGUUUUGUCCAAAGUCAUCUCAAGGAAGAGUAUGAACAAAGAUCGCAGGAGAAAAAUGUAGACUUUUAUGGUAGUAGAAGUUUGUUACUCGAAAAGAUCAAAGAGGUAGAAGGUUUGCGCCACGAACUGGAGCUGAUUUCUAAAUUUCUUUCGGGUCAUGAAAACGGGCACCAUACAUUAAAUGGGGGUAUCGAGGUUGGAGAAGAAAACAACCAAAAAAAAGCUGAUCCUUUACACCGCAAGAUCUCUGGAUGUCAUUUUUCAUCAUCUUCACUCUGGGAUUCCAAUGGUAAGCAAGAUGACUCUGUCACCUCAAUGUCGGAAAGUUAUGAUACUUUGAAACACUUAUCUCACGAUGAUUUGAUCAGUCACUUUAAGACUGAGAUGAAUCAAAUGAAGAGAGAACACGAUUACAGAAUACAAGAAAUGACAGAAGAUUAUUUUAGUCUUAAGCGAGAGUACUUGAAUUUAAAGGAAAGGGGUUCUUUUUCAUCGCUGAAGAGGGACAAGGAGUUCGAUGCCCUAAGAAGGAAGAUCCCAGAUGUCAUUUCGAAACUAGAUAAGAUAUUAUUGGAAAACGAGAAGUUUGUCUCUGCAGAAAAGAACAAUGCUGAUCUCAAGAGCCGCUUGGAUACACUUCUGCUAGAAAACUGUCAGCUGAGAGAUUUGCUUAUGGAAAUGAAAAGGGAAAGUAAUAAUUUGUCUUCACAAGUUUCAGAUGCUACUAAAAAGACGUUGCAGCUUUCUCAAGCUGAGGAAAAUCUUCGAAAUGUGAUCAGAAAGCUUGAAUCGGAUGUUGAAGACUCACAUAUUGAAGCUUUUAUCUCUGACAAAGUGUAUGGAUGUUUUGUCGAGGAGUUCAUGAACCAGAUCAGAUGCAUGAAAGAGGAAACAGACUUGGAGAAUCUUAUCACGGGAGAAGUCUUUGAGCUGAUAUCCAGAGAUAUUAUUGCUAGUAGGCAAUCCUCUGAAAGCAAGGAUGAUCUCGAAGAAUCUUGUGUCGAGUCACUCAUGACAGAAGAGUGUUGUGAGGUAAUAUACAAAGAAGCCUUGAAGGAAGCUUGUGAGAAACUCGAAGAACUGAACAUGAAAUACAUUAGUGAAAGCAAAAUCCGAGUUUCCCUCGAAAUGCAUGUAUCAGAAAAAGAAGAUGCUCUGAGAUUAGGGCUUCUGGAGAAGGAAAGACUGAAGCAGGAUAUUCAUUCAUUGGAGAAUCUUGUCAAGGAGAAGGAGAAUCUAGUUCUUGAAGCUGAGAAUUCAUUAGCUAAAGAGAGCAAGAAACUAAAGAUAGCCUUUCAAGAGAUUUGCAAUCUGCGAGAUCGGAUACAUCAGCAAGAAAUAGAAAUUCUGGAGAAAAAGGAAAAACUCGAGUUUGUUGCAGCUCAAGCUUUGGAGAGAAACAAAAGUUACGAGGUGAAGAUAUCUGAAUUGAGACAGGAGCUUGUAUUAGCUAGAGAGACGGUGGAGAAAAUCGGCAUAGAGAAGAUGAUGCUUCUGGAUAUAAAACAUGAGACAGAGAAGAAGUUAUUAGAAAAGGAAGAAGAGGAAAGGGCACUAAGGAAACAAUUUGAAUCUAUAGUUAUAGUUUCAAGUGAAUUGUACAAAAACUUCAACAAUAUUGAGCACAGGGUAGCAGAAAAGACAAUAGAGACAAAUUCUAGGUUGAAAAGUCUGUACAAUCAAUUGAGUUAUCUUUCACAACAAGCUGCUAACCUCAAGGGGAGAGCAUUGUCGUAUAAGCAACGUCUGGAAAAGAAGUGUUGUGACCUCCAAAAGGCCGAGGCUGAAGUUGAUCUCCUUGGAGAUGAGGUUGAAUCUCUCUUGGACCUUCUCGAGAAAAUAUAUAUAGCCCUCGAUCAUUAUUCUCCAAUCCUCAAGCAUUAUCCUGGUAUCAUUGAUAUUUUGAAGCUUGUCCGGAGAGAAUUAAGUGGAGAAUCAAAGAGAGCAGUUUGAUUAUCUGUUCUCUAGAGACAGGCAAGUCACCACGUAAAGACAGAUAGAUCGACACGAAGAUUUUUUUUGGUUCAAGCAAUGCCGGUGAAUGCUGUUACAGCAGGCGUGUGCCCAGGAAAUUUGGACAGAAGCUUGGCUUUGUCUGUUUGAUGCUAGUUUAGUUUGUCUCUUCUUCACUUGUACAGAUAGAUUUCUCAAGCUUUCUCUGGACCAAUGUUGAUUGUAGUUCUUACACAGGCUUCUUGUUAAGUAGAUGUGGUCGGUUAUGGUAUCCAACUCUGUCAUGGAACAUGUUUCUACAAGUGCUAACACAACUAGAAAAAAAAAAGUAAAUUUUGACCA